AUGGCCGAUCUUGCCUGGCUCGACUCCGUCAAUCCUUCCAGCGACUCUUCAGUCGCUCCCGCGUCCCCUAGUGCAGACAUCUUUGGCAGCACCUCCUCCAUGUCCUCCACCCCUUCGCCCGCGCGCAGCCCCAACUUUCCCUCUCAACCUCAGGCUUCCACCUCCACGAGCUCCCCCUCUCCGGCACCUCCCCGUCGCCGCAUUCGGCCGAAGAUUGCCCUUGACGCCAACCAGCCGCUCACUGCCCGCGGUAAGCCUCGCGCGCGUGUGUAUGUCGCCUGCAACCAAUGUCGCUUGCGCAAGACGCGUUGUGAUGGCGCGAAGCCCGUUUGCUUCAACUGCCGGAAGCGCCCUCCCGAAGACGGGGAGUGCAACUACGAAGAGCAGCCCAAGCGCCGCGGGCAGGACAGGGUUCCCGGCGUGCGCAUCCGCUCAGCGAGCGCUGGUUGCCUCGGCAAACGACGACGGCUCGAAGGAGACGAUGGGGAGGAAGACUCGGAGGAGGAUCGCCGACACGACUGUCACGACGAUGACCUCCUGCGAGCGUCCUACGACAACUUCCCACCGCUUGAUGACGAGACCGAAGACUACGACCCCUUCCCUCUCGUUGACCUCGAUGAACCCAAUGUCGACAUCGAGUUCUACACGCCGCCCCCUCGACCACCGUCAACCGCCAUCCCCCCACGUCCUGGUCUGCAGUUCACGCGCGAAACCUGGGACCUCGUUACUAUGUCGUCCCAACAACGCACUUCCACACUCCUGCUCAUUGUUGCCGACCUCCGCGCCCUCUUCACCUCCUCUCUGUGGUGGAUGUCGUUUAUACAUCUCCCUAGGUUUUGGGACACACUCCUCACGCCUUCUCGCCGCACCUCCAUGCAACCUAGCCUCGUCCUCAGUGCGUUGGCUGUAGGUGUCUUCUGUCAAAGCUCCGAAGCAGAGCGAGGUGCUGCGGGACGUCGAAAGGCGCUUAGGCUCAUGGAACUCGCUCUUAGCUCUGUGCAAGGUAGUCUUGCCUCCGGUUGGGUCGACUUCGGGCUCAUUCAGGCUACUUGGCUCUUGGCGUACUUUGAGUUGCAAGCACACCCAGGCCAGUCACUGGAACGCCAUAGAUCUUCCCUUGUUCUCCUUGACUCCCUCGUUCGGCUGUUCUCCCUUACCACUCUUGACGCCGAUAUCCUUGGCACCCACUUCACCUCACGCAUACCCGUUGCUUCUGAUCCCAAUUACAUGCCAGCCGACUUCCUAGCCUGUGCCGACCCACUCUACAUGCAACCCGAGAUGAUCAGGUCGAGACCGCCCAAGUGCAACUGCCAGGACCUAACUAUCGGACGCAGUUGGCCUUCCGUACGCGGCAUCGCUCCCUCCUGGAUGGGCACCCCAAUGUGGCCGGAUGGCUUCAGCGAGGCAGAGUUCAGGAAAGAGGAGUGCCGCCGUCUGGUCUGGGCUAGCGUCGCGCUAACAGCUAGCAUGAACUCUUAUGUCGCCGUGCUCGACAUCAGCACUCCCGCACCGCUGUGGCUCAAGAACCCCGAACACUACGCGCUGAUGUUCCCAGGGGAGUCGCUUACCGUCUCGGGCACAUUCGUCGCCGCACCCAACGUCUGGACGCUCUACUACCGCACGAUGCUGCUCCUGCACGACUGCGUCCGCAAGCGCCAGGACAUGUCCCUCUCCGGCGCUGAAAUGGCUGACUUCGCGGUCGGCGCCUGGCUCGAGAUCGAUGCGCUCGACCGCGCGCUCAACGAGCACACGUGCAUGCUCGAGCGCAACCUGGGCUUCCAGGCGCGCGAGAUGCUCUUCUCCGCGCGGAUGUGCAUCUCGCACGAGUUCCAGCGGUACAUACCCCAGAUCACCACGCGCGACAACAAGCUCUUCUACCGCGACAAGGCGGAGUCCUGGUGUACGUCCUCCCUUCACCUCGCCGCGCCUUCUGUCAAGGGAGUUGCUCAUUGGACGGGGUUAGCACCUCUUGUGCUCGACCAGCGGCGUCCCGUGCUUAUAUACUGGCACAUGUCCCACGUCAUGAAGGCAAUGAAGCUCUGGGAGGCAGACCACACGCUACUGCUCGCGCUCGAGGCCGCAAAGCAGUUCGGGACGCGCACCGAGUACAUGAUGCUCCACUGGCCCAGCACAAAGCAGCGCGAAACAUGGCAGGCGCUCCGCUUCCAGCUGGUGCAAGCAUGCAUUCAGUGUGGGGUGACGCCUCCCGAUCGCAACUUCCCCACCCCCCUCGUAGACAUCGGCAUGCCGUGA